UCGAGAUCUUAACCGACCAGACUCAAGUACACGAGACGAAACAACUUACUCUCGUUUUCACGGCCUGGAAUGGCAGCUCGGCCCGCCAUGCUGCGUCUCGCCAGACCUGUGGGUGCUUCCCUGCGCGGGCGAAUGCUCGCGCAGGCUGUCUCGCAGAGAAGGGCAUUUACGGAGAGAAAAGAGUCAAUCCUGAGCUCGGAUCCGGCCUUUAUGCCAGGAUCGCAGAGUUCAGCCGCUCCCGUCAAGACAGAAGUUCCACUAGGUCCCGGAGGCCCUGGGAGUCCUGUUCCUCCAGCACCCAGUCCCGCGACACCUUCUUCCGCCUCGACGAUACCUCCUGAGAGUGUGCCCCGGGCACCUCCCAGCCCAUCCAAGGUGCAAACAUCGCCUCCUACCAGUCCCUCUUCUGUGAGCCCGGCGGAGCCACCACCACCACCUCCCCCAUCUCAGCCGCCCACUAAGCCAGCCCGGAAGCGAUUCAGACGGCUUCGGGCCCUGUUUUAUCUUCUCCUGCUCAGUGCCACUGCAUACGGCGGUGCUGUCUUUUACGCCUUGAGAAACGACAAUUUCCACGACUUCUUCACGGAAUAUGUACCUUUCGGAGAAGAUGCAGUGUUGUAUUUUGAGGAGCGGUCAUUCCAGAAGAGGUUCCCUCACACCAGACAUAAUGUGGUUACUAGACUCCCACGCACGGAGAGACAGGAGGAAGGCAAAGUUACUACUAUCCCACAGAAGUCAGGAAUCUCCUGGCGCGUGGCCGAGGAAGAACCUGCCACAAGUGAUGUUACACAGAAGGGCAAGCAUAUGAGUGCAGUGGAUGCCAACAGUCCUAAACCGGGGCCCACCGAUCCGAAGAAUGAUCCGGCGAGUGCAACAACAAAGGAGAAGAGUGCCGCUGUUGAAAGCGUAAAGAAGGAUUCGGCUACUUCCCCAGCACCUAGUUCCAAGGAAGCAUCACCGUCGUCAGAGAAGCCAGCCGCCCCAUUGACCGAAACACCCGCCACUGGUGACUCACGUCCACCAGCAAUCCCGCCAGUCACCUCGAUCUCGCCAUUAGAAGUCCCCAGUGCCGAGGAACCCGUGGUUCAAGAAUUGGUCAAGAUUGUCAACGACUUGAUUACGGUGGUGAACUCGGAUUCGCCGGACGCCGCUAACAAAUACUCGGCUCCGAUGGGCAAGGCGAAGGAGUCUCUGGAGGCAGUUGCCAAGAAGAUUUCGCAACUCCGCGAGGAGGAACAGAAGGCAGCCGAGCAACGCAUUGAAGAAGCCCACAAAGAGUUUGAUGAAGGCGCCCGACAACUCCUGAAACGGAUCGAGACUGCGCAAGCCGAAGACGAUGCUCGGUACCGAGAAGAGUUUGAAGCCGAACGAGCCCGUCUCGCCCGGAUCUACGAGGAGAGACUGAAGACUGAGGUCCAACGCACCCAGGAGUUGGCUGAACAGCGGUUGAAGAAUGAACUCGCAGAGCAGGCCAUCGAAAUGAAACACGAUUUCAUCAAGCAGAUCAAGGAACUGGUCGAGACCGAACGCGAAGGCCGCCUUGCGAAACUCCAGGACCUCAGCUCCAACGUCGAGAACCUCACCGAGUUGACUGCCAACUGGAACGGCGUGAUCGACGCCAACCUUCAGACCCAGAAGUUGCAAGUCGCCGUUGAUGCUGUUCGCGCAGCAUUAGAGGAGACCUCGGCGUCGGAAGCCAAGCCGCGGGCCUUUGUCCGUGAACUCGCCGCCUUGAAACUCGUGGCCAACGGCGAUCCGGUCGUCGAAGCCGCCAUCGGCUCCAUCAACCCGUCCGCUUACCAACGAGGAGUCCCGAGCCAACCACAGUUGAUUGACCGGUUCCGCCGCGUCGCCAACGAGGUGCGCAAAGCCAGUCUACUGCCAGAAAACGCCGGCCUCGCCUCUCACGCUGCCAGUUUGUUGUUGUCUAAAGCGCUGUUCAAGAAGGAGGGCCAUCCUACAGGUAAUGACGUCGAGAGCGUCCUGACCCGCACGGAGACUUUGCUUGAAGAGGGUGAUCUGGAUGGCGCGGCCCGUGAGAUGAACUCUCUGUCCGGCUGGGCUAAAGUCCUCAGCCGCGACUGGCUGGCUGAUGUGCGGAAGGUUCUGGAAGUCAAGCAGGCGUUGGAUGUCAUUGAGAUAGAGGCCAGAUUACAGUGUUUGCGCGUGGAGUAGAUUAAACCAAAAAAAGGACAAAGCAAAAAAGAAACAAGAUAUCAGUGAAGCGAGCGAGAAGUGUAUCCUUUCCAAUUCUUCCUCUUUGUAUCUGCCUUUGGCUUUUUAUCCUCUGUCCCGAGUCUCGUGGCGCACUGUAGCGGAUAUCAAAGGAAAAUAAAAGACCAAUAAGCGCCUCACUGCAGUCUUCCUUUCUCCUGGAUCUACCGGCCGCGGAGGAAUAGAGAUUGAUAAUCCGGCAUUCGCACAUUCUGAUAUCUUUUGAUUCUUUUGAUCGCCAUCUCCCCGAGCUCUUCCUUGGCCGCACGUCCUGCUUCGGUCAGUUGGCUCAAAUCUGCGUUUGCUAGCAUCUGUACAGUACAGAUGACUCACGGUCAGCAUGGAAUCUACCGAGAUUAUUGCAGGGCGAGUAGGUCAGGUACAUGCCGGA